AUGGGGGUUGAUGAGGUGGAUUUGUGCUCUUUCUGCGUGGAUCUUGUCAAAGGGCCUGCGACAGGUGACUCGACUAAUAUAGCUCAUCAUUCAACAUACGGAGCUCUGAUCACUUCAAGUGAGAACUGCGCGUUAUGUCGUUGUUUCCAUUCGUUACUGCCUCGAGCGGACGGUCCCCUCGCCGAUGAAACGCGUGACGAGCGGCGUUUUCAAGUGGAAUUGGAGGAACACAGGGGCCCAUUAAGUUCGGAAAUCUCUUGGGGGAAAUAUCAAGUUGCCGUAAGGAGCCUCGUGGCGCCCACGACCAUAAAGGCAAAGUUCACUCUCGCUGUCUGUCUCUCAGAAGGACCAAUGCACGAGCUGGCUGGAUGGCAAGGCCGUGAGACGACGUGGGAUGAAAAGCUCCUGAUGAUAAGGAAAUGGUUGCAGAACUGCCGUGAUGACCCCGGUCAUACCAGCUGUCAACCCCAGCCAUUUGUCCCAUCUCGCCUUGUGAGUGUCGGUCUUGACGGGCGGCCGCCAAGGUUGAUUCAUACAGGAAAGGCGAGUGGAAAUGAGAACAUGGAGUAUGCGGCUCUAAGUUACUGCUGGGGUGGGCUAUUGCCGCUGCGCACAACGACAACGACGCUCGCCAAGUUCACCCAGGAAUUACCGACCCGGCUGAUACCGGCGACAUUCGCGGAAGCAAUGAGGAUAACACGCGCAGUGGGAAUUUCUUACAUCUGGAUUGAUGCCCUGUGCAUUAUCCAAGAUGACAUCGAGGAUUGGCAACGGGAAGCAGCAACAAUGGAUAGGAUCUACGGUGGCAGCCAACUGACCGUUGCCGCCUCCCAGUCUGCCGACAGCUCAGCAGGCUUUUUUGCUGUCACCAGGGAAGGCCCUAACAGCCAGGACGCUUUGUUUCGAGCCCGUGGCUUUAAUCACCUCGUGCGCUUCUAUGAUGGCGACGUUCGGGAUCGUCCCACCUCCGACAACCUCCUUAGCUCGCGUGCCUGGUCGCUGCAAGAGCAGUUGCUUUCCCCAAGGAUUGUCUCUUGCCUGCAGUCGGAAAUGCAUUGGCAAUGCCAUGGUAAUCACAAAGUGGAGAAUGGCUUGUCCUUUGGAUCAGCACGCGACACAGAGAGAGAUGUUAGGCUGCCGAUGCGCGUCCACCGAAUGCUACCGCAGACCGCAACUCCAAGUUUCAUCCAGCUGCGCGCAGCGUGGGAAAAGGUGGUUGAGAACUACUCCGGACGGUCACUCACCUUUGAACAAGAUCGUAUCCCCGCGAUUGCCGGCAUUGUCCGGCACUUUGCAUCAGUCCUGAAUGAUGAGCCUAUCAUGGGACUGUGGAAGACGACCUUCGCACGCGAUAUGGCAUGGACACGGCUGUGGGUACGGAGAACUGCUAAGGCACCGGGCGAUCCACUGUUGCCCUCUUGGACCUGGUUGGCGUGCCCUGGUGCCGCGUCUUUCUGGCACUUGAAUGACCCCCUUCCUCACCCCGAGAAAAGACGGCCGCACAUUGCUAUCCAAUCCCAUAUUCGGCUUUUGAGUUGGGAUGUGCAGUGGUCUGGGACACCGUACACCUCACCCCUGAGAUCGGCCUGCAUUCGAGUCGAAGCUCCAGCCAUGCUGAUUGAUAUGCGUCCAACUGAGGAUGUAAUGAGUGGCGCACUCUCCUGCUACUAUCAAGUGUUCGGAGAGAAUCUGACCAACACUGCUGGAGUGUUAAGCUACCGUUGCUUCGGUUACUUUGAUCGAAAGGAUUUGACCGGGUCCGCGACACACUUAUGCCUGUUAACGUCAACAGGUCGAGACAUUGAGAGAGACGAGGUGUAUGAAGUAUUCAUUAUUGUUGAGCCGGUAGGCUUGCCGGAGAAAGGGAGGUUUAGGCGUAUCGGGGCUGCCCGGCUUUCGGGAACAACACCUUCCUUCGGCCUUCAGAAGACAAUGUCUAUAUUCCUAGAGUAG